CGUGCAAACUUAGGAAAAUAGAUUGCGAAGCAAAAAUUAAUACACAUGUAUUUUUACCUAGUUAGCAUGACGUAUAGAGUAUUGUUUUAGCAAAUGAAAAUUCAAAAAUAUAAAUCUUUUGAUACUGCUGUACAAAAUAAUCUAACAAGCUACCCAAGUAUCUUAGUAUAUAUAUAUAUACUAUUUCGAUCCCCGCCAUUUUUCCUCCGAGAAAUAACCCCAACCUUGAAGAAGCCCUAAUUUUACUCUUCCAUGCCUUCCAUCCAAACCCCUCCGGGAAGGAUCGUCCAUCUGGAGAUGGAGAAUUUCAAGUCUUACAAGGGCCACCAGUUAGUAGGUCCGUUCAAGGACUUGACGGCCAUCAUCGGCCCCAACGGUGCCGGUAAAUCCAACCUAAUGGACGCGAUAAGCUUCGUCCUCGGAGUCCGCACUGGUCAGCUUCGUGGAUCUCAGCUUAAGGAUCUGAUCUACGCCUUCGAUGACCGAGAGAAGGAGCAGAGAGGAGGGAGGAAAGCGUUUGUUCGCCUUGUGUAUCUCCUUGACAAGGAAGGGGUGGAGGAGCUUCUUCGUUUCACUCGUACUAUUACCAGUUCUGGUGGGAGUAAGUAUCGUAUCGACGAUAGGGUUGUGAGUUGGGAAGAGUACAAUGGGAAGCUCCGAUCUAUAGGGAUACUUGUUAAGGCUCGUAACUUCUUAGUGUUUCAGGGCGAUGUUGAGUCUGUUGCUUCCAAGAAUUCGAAAGAACUCAGUGGACUUGUCGAGCAGAUUUGUGGCUCUGAUGAGCUUAAGAAAGAGUACGAGGAGUUAGAAGAGAAGAAGGCCAGCGCUGAAGAGAAAGCAGCUCUUAUAUAUCAGAAGAAGAAAACCAUUGGUGCUGAGAAGAAGCUGAAGAAAGCACACAAGGAAGAAGCUGAGAAGCAUUUGAAGCUGCAAGACGAACUGAAAGCUCUGAAGAGAGAAUACUUCCUGUGGCAGUUAUAUAACAUUGAGAAUGAUAUCGACAAGGCAAAUGAAGAUGUUGAUGCUGAAAAGAACAAUCGUAAAGAUGUCGCGGCAAAGCUGGAGAAGUUUGAGCAUGAAGCUGGUAAGAGAAAGAUAGAACAAGCAAAGUUUUUGAAAGAAAUUGCUCAACGUGAAAAGAAGAUUGCUGAGAGAAGCUCCAACCUUGGAAAAUACCAACCUGAGCUUCUGAGAUUGAAGGAGGAGAUAGCUCGCAUAAAAUCAAAAAUCGAGAGCAGUCGAAAGGAGGUGGAUAAGAGGAAGAAAGAAAAAGGGAAGCAUUCCGAAGAGAUUGAACAGAUGCAGAAAAGCAUUAAGGAUCUGAAUGAGAAGAUAAACGAAUUAAACGAGAGGAGACAAGAUAGCAGCAGCGGAAAACUCCCAAUGCCUGACAGUCAUCUGCAAGAAUACUUUCGAAUAAAACAAGAAGCUUGGAUGAAAACCAUUAAGCUCAGAGAUGAGAAAGAGGUGUUAGAUAGGCAAUAUCAUACUGAUCUCGAAGCAUUGAGAAAUCUGGAAGAAAAUUACCAGCAACUGAUAAAUAGGGAGAAUGAUCUCGAUGAACAAAUUGAGCGAAUGAAGUCCAGGCUAAAAGAGAUUGAAGAUUCAUCUUCGGAAUAUAAGAAGGAAACAACUAAUCUAAAAAAGCAGUUGCCAACACUGCAAGAAAAGCACCGAGAUGCCAGGAAUGCAUCUGAGAAAUUGAAGACUAGAAUCACAGAAUUAGAAGACCAGUUAAGUGAUCUAACGGCUGAAAGAUAUGAAAACGAGAGAGAUAGCAGGCUAACGCAGGCUGUUGAGUCUCUCAAGCGUCUGUUUCAAGGAGUUCAUGGUCGAAUGACUGAUCUGUGUCGACCAAAUCGGAAGAAGUACAACCUUGCAGUUACUGUUGCCAUGGGGAGAUUUAUGGAUGCAGUUGUUGUAGAAGAUGAAAACACAGGAAAGGACUGCAUCAAGUACUUGAAAGAGCAAAGGCUUCCUCCUAUGACAUUUAUUCCUCUUCAGUCAGUACGUGUCAAGCCAGUUCUUGAAAGAUUGAGAAAUUUGGACGGCACAGCAAAGCUGGCGUUUGAUGUUAUCCAGUUCGAUCCAGAGUUAGAGAAGGCAGUCCUCUUUGCUGUUGGAAAUACUCUUGUCUGUGACGACCUUGAUGAAGCCAAACGUCUUAGCUGGACCGGAGAGAGAUUUAAAGUUGUUACUGUUGAUGGCAUAAUACUCACAAUGGCGGGAACAAUGACUGGUGGUACCAGUGGUGGAAUGGAAGCAAAGUCUAACAAAUGGGAUGACAAGAAAAUUGAAGGACUGAUGAAAAAGAAAGAAGAAUAUGAACUGGAAUUGGAAAAGGUUGGAUCUAUUCGAGAUAUGCAGAUAAAGGAGUCUGAAAUAUCGGGUAAAAUAAGUGGACUUGAAAAAAAGAUUCAGUAUGCUGAAAUUGAGAAGAAAAGCAUCAAAGACAAACUUCCAAAUCUUGAGCAAGCGAAGCGGAAUAUAACUGAAGAAAGUAGGCGCAUAAAUGUUGAACUUUCUAAGUCAAGAGCUGAGGUUGAUAAGAGAAAUACAGACAUCAGGAAGUUGGAGAAAAGAAUCAAUGAGAUUGUGGACCAUAUCUAUACGGGUUUUAGCAAGUCUGUUGGUCUUACUAACAUACGUGAAUAUGAAGUACAAAAACAGCUCAAGGAGGCUCAAGAAGUGGCUGAAGAAAGGCUGAAUCUGAGUAACCAGCUUGCUAAGUUAAAAUACCAGGUGGAAUAUGAGCAAAACCGAGAUGUGGGUUCACGAAUUCGAAAGCUAGAAUCUUCUAUCAGUUCGUUGGAAUCUGAUUUGGAGAAAAUACAGAAGAGGAAGUCUGAACUUAAGGAGCUAACAGAAAAAGCUACUAAUGAAAUCAACAAUUGGAAAAAGGAAAUGGGAGAGUGCAAACAAAAAUCAGAAGAGUAUGAAAAAGAAAUCUUGGAUUGGAAAAAGCAGGCUUCUCAAGCGACAACAAGCAUAACCAAACUCGAUCGUCAGAUAAAUUCUAAGGAAACGCAAAUAGAGCAGCUGAUCUCGCAAAAGCAGGAAAUAGCUGAGCAGUGUGAGCUUGAACGUAUUGCCCUUCCUGUUUUAUCAGAUGGGCCACAGUAUGACUUUAGUGAGUUGGAUAGAGCUCAUCUCCCACCAUCUGCUCGUGACAGAAUGGAUGCGGAAUACAGGCAGAAAAUAGAAUCUAAAUCAUCCGAGAUUGAAAGGACGGCUCCAAACUUGAGAGCUCUUGACCAGUAUGAGGCUAUACAAGAGAAAGAAAAACAAGUUAGCCAAGAGUUUGAAGCUGCCAGGAAGGAGGAGAAACAAGUAGCGGAUGCCUACAAUACUGUUAAGCAGAAGAGGUAUGAGCUAUUUAUGGAAGCGUUCAACCACAUUUCUAGCAUCAUUGACAAGAUCUACAAGCAGCUAACCAAGAGUAAUACUCAUCCAUUGGGUGGGACUGCUUAUCUAAACCUAGAGAAUGAGGAUGAUCCGUUUCUACAGGGUAUAAAGUACACAACAAUGCCCCCAACCAAGCGUUUCCGUGACAUGGAACAGCUCUCUGGAGGAGAGAAAACAGUUGCCGCUUUGGCAUUACUCUUCUCCAUCCAUAGCUAUAGACCUUCGCCCUUUUUCAUACUGGAUGAAGUGGAUGCUGCGCUGGAUAAUUUAAACGUUGCAAAAGUCGCUCAGUUUAUGCGUAGCAGAUCCUGCCAAGCCGCACGUGAAAAUCAGGAUGCAGAGGAUGGGCAUGGCUUCCAGAGCAUUGUAAUAUCUCUCAAGGACAGCUUCUAUGACAAGGCCGAAGCUCUGGUUGGAGUUUACAGAGACGUCGAUAAGAGUUGCUCGAGUACUAUGUCUUUUGACCUUGGGAACUACGCAGAGUCGUAAUUGGUUCAGCAACCCUCAACUUCUGGGCUGUGUUCGAAGGCAUAUAUGUACCAGCGGUAUGGUGAUUUAUAUGGGGGUUUCAUGCGUGAUAGAAGCUUUGUAAGAUCUGAGGAUGCUAGUUUAUCAAUCUGGUUGGUGUCUUAGAUUAUUGUGGAAAGUACGAUGAUAGUUUGUGUGUACAUGUUUUAAGUUCCUACUGUUGAAUGUUUCUAGCUGAGUAGUUUUGAUACAGGCGAAGUUCAUAUUGAACUGUGUACCGAAGCUAUGGACGGGUUUAGUUAAAGUCAAAUUAAAAUAAGCUAAAAUAACAGAAAUUCAGGCAACUUUAUCAUCCAAAUUGGCAUAUAAUUAUACUGAUCAGUGCCACCUUCUCCUUUCUAAAAAGACAAAUAAACCUUCGUCUUCUCAGAACUCUACGACUGCCAUAUCUCAGGCUGAAUUGAUAUUUCAGUUAAAUGGGCUUGUUUUCAUAGGAAUCCUUACUACUUCUUCUUUUUUUUGAAACACAUUCAUAUUAAUAACUAUAACAAGAGUUAGGUGUUGGCCAUUAAAGCCUCAACCAUAACAAGCCCCUGUUUUGCUAACCCAUCAGCAAUAGAGUUUUUUUCCCUAGGAAUCCAAACAAAAGCAAUAACUUCAAAACGAAAAGAGUAGUCUAGGAUGUCGGCAACGAUGCCAUAGAUCUCCAAGGGGACUUCAUUCCCAUUGAAUGCUUUGAUUAGUUGAUCAGAGUCAGCUUCGCAUCUCAGUCUCUUAUGGCCCAGUAUCCAGCUUUCUUUAACUGCUUGUCUCAUCGCCAUGGCUUUGGCAACUAGCGCUGAUUUCACCGACGAGUCUGUUGAGAAACUCGACACCUCCUCCCCUUCUCUUCUGAUUGUCCAGCCGAGUCCAGCCAGUUGUGAGGCAGCUCUCCACGCUGCAUCGGACCGCAUCAGAGAACAGUUCAGUGGGAUGGGAGUACAAAUUGUAAUCUUUUUCUGUGGCUUUACUGGUUGUUCUUGAACAUUCGUCCAUUCCUUUGCCAUCUGAACUGCCCUGGUAAUUGUCUCCUUUUCUGAUAUCUGCUUAUUAUUAAAACAGAGACUCUUUCUAGAGAUCCAAAUUUGCCACAAGAUCCAUGGUGCCAAAGGUCCCGUCGCUAAACCUGUCGGAGGAAGACAAACUUUACUACACAGCCUCACCCAUACCUCCGAUAAAUCUAUAAAUCCACUCAAAUCCACGGUUGGUGUCACCGGGAGGUUUUCCCAGACCUUUUUUGCAAAAGGGCAGUGGAGGAAGAUAUGAUUUAUAGAUUCUGGAGCGUUGCAGUGCUUGCAUCGGAUAUCCACAUUAACGUUUCUGAUCGCCAGUAGCUCUCCCACCGGUAUGGCGUUUUGGAAAACUUUCCACAAGAAUAAUCCUUACUACUCUUCAGUGGGGCCUUUCGGAUCAUGAAACUCGGGCCUCUCACAAUCGUUCAAACUGAUUCCUAGCAUAGGUUUAUGCUACUACUAAAAUAUUGUCUGUAACAAAUUUUUGCCACAUUUAAUAUAAUCGCACCAAAUUUUAGCAAAUAAAAAAAAAGAUAAAAUAAUAUUAUACAUAUGGAACAAAUUAUAUAUCUAAUGAGAAAAUGCAAAUAACAAAA